GAGCUCGAGAGAAAAGCGGAGAAGGGCAGACAUCCAUUUCUUUCUCAGCGUCUUUGGAGUGGCUACACGAAGGCACAGAGAGAAAAAGAAAUAAAUCUUUUUUUCUCUCUCUCUCUAAACAGGACUAUAAUUAUCUAAAUUAUUUUUUACUAAACUAUAGCCAUGGCCGACACAGUUGUUGACACGACCGCCACCACAGAGGUUACAGCCAAGGAGCUGAAAGAGAAGAAAGAAGUGGAGGCGGUGGAGGAGGAGAAGAAGACCGACAGUGAGGACGCACCUGCCAAUGGCACAAACGGCGCAGAACAUGAUGAGAAAAAGGAAGAAACUACAGAAGAGGAACAGAAGAAUGGAAAUGAAAAUGCAGAGGAGGCGCCCCCUGCUGAGGAGACUGAUGCACAGCCUGUGAAGCGUGCAGCUGAGGAAGAGGAGGAGGAGGAGGAGGAAAAAGCGGAGCCAAAAAAGCAGAAAACAGAGGAAAAUGGAGAUUCAAAAGAGGCAGACGUGGAGGCUUAGGUCUUUUCCCUGCUUACAUGUUUGCGGCUCCGUCUCACCAGCCUGGUCAACAUCGUGUUUUAGAGCUUGUGCUUUCUGUAUCUUCGAAAGAGUUUUUUUUUUUUUUUUUUUUGGUUGCUCCCAUGUUAUUUCAUUGCACUGGAGUCUUGAAACGUGGUGGUCCUGCAUACUUUUUUUUUUUUUUUACAUGAAAUGUUAUUUAUUGGUCUUUAAAAUGAGCUUUUUCCUUUUCUACUCGUACGAGUUGGGCCACAACUUAAGAUCAUUAUUUUUCAUUUCCUGACGUUUCACAUCAGUAUGUUGGAAGCACAAUCUCUAUUAUGACAGUGCUGACCAGAUGUUUCAUACAGGCAGCUGCUCACCUUAAAGGCUCAUGUUGACCUCUCAGAUACACUUAAAAAGGACCAAAGAUAAGUUUUAAGCAGGGGGUAAUAGACAGUUUGACAUUAUUAGUUACAGUGGUUUUUGUUUUUGUUUUCUUUUGUGUUAAGCUGCUACUUAAAUCCCUGGCUGCCCUGUUAAUGUAACAGACGGUGCAAAUAAAUAAUGGAGCUGUGUGUUGCACCUCCACAGAUCGAUUGUUUGACCCUUCUCUGUGGAGGCAGGAUUUUUUUGCAAUGUUAAUUAACCCCUCUUAAAUCUUAAAGCUUUGGUCAUUUGUUCUGUAUGCAUUCCACGCAAGUUUGUACCAUUUAUAUGUUGUUUUUUCUUGCAUUUCUCGAGUUUUACGUUAACGGUUGAGUAGCCCGAUUCUGUGUAGACUGCCUUUUUUCAUAACCAGAAUGGCAUUAGGUUACCUCAGCCACUGCUUUGUAUAUUCUGAUUAAGAAAUAAAUUUGUCUUUUUACUUG